GUUCUCAUGUUGACGCAGGGAAGAGAUUUUGUGGGCAUUAGAAAGACUGUAGAAAGAGCCAUGACUUUGAUGUAUUACAUCAAAUAAAAGGUGGAAUUCAAACACAUCAGUGAUAUUGAUUAUCAGGCUGUCUGUUUGUGAUUGGUUACUGCUGUUCUUUCUUCCUAUUGGAUGGAGGUUUUGUGCCCACCUUCUGGAUUUGAUUAUAUAUGCAGGUGACAGGUGAAUCACACACACACCGCAGCUCCCCUCAGAAGGACAGCAAGAUGGUUUUCACAGUCAAGGACAUGAGCUUUAAUGCUGGAACAGAGUUGAAAAUCUCGGGGAAGGUGAAAUCAGACUGUGAAGGGUUCUCUGUUAACGUGGGUCAUGACUGUGACAACAUAGCUCUUCACUUUAACCCUCGAUUCACUCAGAGCGGAGACUCGCGUGUUAUCAUCUGUAACUCAAAUCUGGGCGGAUGGGGUGAUGAGCACCGUGAACCCAGCUUCCCUUUUGAACACGGCCAAGAGUUCAAGGUGAGCAUCACCUUCAACAACGAAACCUUUUAUAUCAAACUACCUGACGGCAACAUGAUGAGCUUCCCAAACCGUCACGGGGACGACUCUUUCGGUCACGUUCAUGUUUACGGUGAUGUGAAGGUUCACAGCGUAAAGGUCAAAUGAGAACUGAUGAAGGAUUGUGACGA